AUGGCUCGAGAUUUAACAGCGAAUAGCACCCCAAAGGGAGAGGAAUUUUCCUUUGAAAACCCAUUUGUAAAUGACGCAUCAAGUGUUUACGACGAUUCGAUACAAGAACAAUCAGCAACAUCUUCAUCUUCAGACAAUAUAGACAACGCAAAUGAGAACGCAUAUGGUCGUAUAUUUAAAACCCUGCCCAAUGAAACUACAGCACCCUUGCUACUGCUGAAAGACUAUUCUUCCGAUGAAAUCAGGGAAUCUAAAAUAUUUUCAAACAAUAGUAAUAUGAACAUUCAAGGUCCCUCAGAGUAUGACAGAUAUCCGGUUAUGUUUAGUGAAUCUUCAGCAAAUGUUAGUAAAAAUAACCUACAACCUUCUGAAACAAGUUCAUUAUCAACCCUACAACAAUUCAAAUGUGACUCGAGUCCAUUUGGAGGAUAUCCUGCAUCUUCAUUCCCCUUGCAUAUUGAUGAAAAAGAACCCGACGAUUAUUUACACAAUCCCGAUCCCGUACAGGAUGCAAUUUAUGAUAAACAUAGAUUUUGGAAUGAUUUGAAAAAUGCUGAUAAAAGAACUGCAUUAGGAAUGGUUGGGUUUGCUGCUUUGAUUAUACUUGCACUUUUGUUGUUUGUUUUAUUACCCGUUUUAACAUUUGCAGGUGUGACCGUGUAUAGUCCUCCUCAGCAUUAUGAAAUAUUGACUGAUUACCAAUAUCCUAUGAUGAGCGCAGUUCGACAAACAUUAAUCGAUCCAGACACUCCCGAGGAUGCAUUGACUACCCAGGCCAGAGACGGAUCCAAUUGGGUCUUGGUAUUUAGUGAUGAAUUCAAUGCCGACGGGAGAACUUUUUAUGAUGGUGAUGAUCAAUUCUGGACGGCUGCAAAUUUACAUUAUGAUGCUACUAAGGAUUUAGAAUGGUAUGACCCCGAUGCAGUCACCACUGCAAAUGGAACCCUAAGUCUUCGAAUGGAUGCGUUCUUGAACCAUAAUUUAUAUUAUCGAAGUGGGAUGGUUCAAUCAUGGAAUAAAUUCUGCUUUACUCAAGGGAAAAUCGUCAUGUCGGCAAGAUUACCCAAUUAUGGAACCGUUUCGGGAUUAUGGCCCGGGAUGUGGACAUUGGGUAAUUUAGGAAGACCAGGAUAUAUGGCCCUGACGGAAGGUGUUUGGCCAUAUUCAUAUGAUUCUUGUGAUGCUGGUAUUACUCCAAAUCAAUCGUCGCCGGAUGGGAUUAGUUAUUUGCCAGGUCAGAAAUUGAAUUCAUGUACUUGUCCAGGUGAAUCUCACCCAAACCCAGGUACAGGGAGAGGUGCACCUGAAAUUGAUGUUAUUGAAGCUGCUAUGGGAACUGAUCCUACAGGUAAGACUCCAAAUAUCGGGGUUGCCUCUCAAUCAUUACAAUUAGCCCCCUUUGAUAUUUGGUAUAUGCCAGACUAUAGCUUUAUUGAGAUUUAUAAUGCAUCAGUUACAACUAUGAAUACAUAUGCUGGUGGACCUUUCCAAGAAGCACUUUCAGGUACGACCACAUUAAACACCACCUGGUAUGAAUUUGGUUCCGGUGAACAUAAUUUCCAAGAAUAUGGAUUUGAAUAUCUUAAUAAUCAGAAUACGGGAUAUUUGCGAUGGUUUGUGGGACAAGAUCCAACUUUGACCGUUCAUGCUCAAGCUUUACAUCCAAAUGGGAAUAUCAACUGGAGAUCAAUAUCAAAAGAACCAAUGUCGAUAAUUAUGAAUCUUGGUCUUUCAAAUAAUUGGGCAUAUAUUGAUUGGCCUUCGAUUCAAUUCCCAGUCACGAUGAGAAUUGAUUAUGUUAGAGUAUAUCAACCGGAAAAUUCAGUUAAUGUUGGUUGUGAUCCUGAUGAUUUUCCUACUUUUAAUUAUAUUCAACAACAUUUGAAUAUUUAUUCCAAUGUUAAUUUAACUUCUUUUAAAGAUGGAGGUUAUGCAUUUCCAAAGAAUAAGUUAGUUGGCUGUUAA